AUGUCGCUCACGGAAUCGGCCGUAGCGGCUGUGCUAACUGCCGUGGUCUCGGGGCAUAAUGGCACAAAAAAUGGGACGGACGAUGAUGGGCGUGGCCGGAGAUGGGACGAUCAGACCAAGGGCCAGCGCGAUCUGUACACCCAGCUGGUUAUUAGUUUGGUUUUGGGGACGACUGCUUUCCUAUCCUUUUGUAUUUUGCGACCGAAAUGGACAGAGUUGUACGCGGCUCGAAGACGACAGCGCAGUGCGACCUCUCAGUUACCGGAGCUUCCAGAUAGCUUUUUUGGAUGGAUUCCACCUCUUUAUAGGAUAACUGAGGAGCAGAUUCUCCAGUCUGCGGGGUUGGAUGCGUUUGUGUUUAUUUGCUUCUUCAGAUUUGCAAUUCGGUUUUUAGCGACUGUUUUCUUUUUCGCCGUGGUGAUACUUGCUCCCAUUCAUUAUGUCUAUACGGGGAGACUUGGUAUCCCGGACUGGGAUAAGGAGCUUGAGCGAAGUCGGGAUAAGGGGAAGAUCGAGACAGAUCCCAAGUAUCUCUGGACGUAUGUGGUGUUCCCUUACGUAUUCAGCGGUCUUGCUAUAUACAUGCUCCUCCAGGAGACAAAUAAGAUCAUCCGCAUCAGGCAGCAAUAUCUCGGGAGUCAGACGAGUACCACGGAUCGCACGAUUCGGCUUUCCGGGAUCCCUUCUGAUAUGGGGACUGAAGAGAAAAUUAGGGAAUUCAUCGAGGGUCUGCAUAUUGGAAAAGUGGAGAGUAUCACGCUGUGCCGAGAUUGGAGAGAAUUGGACCAUCUAAUUGAGGAGCGACUCAAGGUGUUACGGAAUCUGGAGCGCGCAUGGGUCAAACAUUUGGGAUACAAACGAGUUAAGUCAGCGGGCAACUCCCUGCCUUUGACACGACAGACAUGCGGUGCAAGUAUCAAUUCCGAGGAGGAGAAUGAGAGGGCGCAUCUCCUGUCAGAGAACGGAGAAAGCCAUGGGAUCGACGUCCAAAUUCGACCAACCGUCCGUAUAUGGUAUGGGCCUUUCAAGCUGAAGUAUCGGAAAGUCGAUGCGAUAGACUACUACGAAGAGCAGCUUCGCAGGCUUGAUGAGAAUAUUCAGAAUGCGCGUCAGAAAGAAUACCCACCUACCGAGCUGGCUUUUGUGACUAUGAAAUCCAUCGCGGCCGCACAGAUGCUUGUCCAGGCUAUACUUGACCCUCACCCUAUGCAGCUUCUUGCUCGACUGGCGCCUGCUCCGGCAGAUGUUGUUUGGAAAAACACAUAUUUGCCGCGUUCGAGAAGAAUGACACAGUCCUGGCUCAUCACAGUACUGAUUGGUUUCUUGACCGUUUUCUGGUCUGUGCUUUUGAUCCCUGUUGGAUCCCUGCUGGAACUGGAGACUCUCCACAAGGUGUUUCCUCAACUAGCAGAUUCACUCUCUCGACAUCCUCUUGCCAAGUCACUCGUCCAGACCGGUCUGCCGACUCUGGCUUUCUCCCUGUUGACAACCGCUGUGCCUUAUUUAUAUAGCUGGUUUUCGAACCAUCAAGGGAUGAUGUCCCGAGGCGACAUCGAACUCUCUGUGAUCUCGAAGAGCUUCUUCUUUUCGUUCUUUAACAUCUUCUUGAUUUUCACCGUUAUUGGAACGGCAACGACCUUCUACGGUCUUUGGGAGCAGCUUCGAGAUACAUUCAAAGACGCCACCACAGUUGCAUUUGCACUUGCCAAGUCAUUAGAGGGCUUUGCACCAUUUUACAUCAAUCUUCUUGCACUCCAAGGCCUGGGUCUGUUUCCAUUCCGUCUUCUAGAAUUUGGGACCGUUAUAAUGUACCCGAUCAACUUUUUGACAGCCAAGACUCCACGAGACUAUGCUGAGCUGUCCACGCCACCUACGUUCAGCUACGGGUAUUCCAUUCCACAGUCGAUCCUCAUCCUGAUUAUCUGCGUGGUAUAUAGUGUGUUCCCAAGUUCAUGGUUGAUCUGCCUUUUCGGGCUGAUAUACUUUACCAUUGGUAAUAUGAUCUUUAAGUACCAGCUCUUGUAUGCGAUGGACCAUCGACAGCACUCGACCGGGCGGGCAUGGCCGAUGAUCUGCAACCGAGUUUUGGUCGGAUUGGUAGUCUUCCAGCUCGCAAUGGCAGGUUCACUUGCUUUCCGCAAAGCCAUAACACGCUCCCUGCUCAUCAUCCCCCUCCUAGGUGCAACGGUGUGGUUCAGCUACUUCUUCGCUCGAAGCUAUGAGCCGCUGACCAAAUUCAUUGCACUGAAGAGUAUCUACCGGGACCAGCCUCCGGAUGGCGAUGUAUCUCCCUCUCCAUCGUCGACCUUCACGCCUCCUCUCGGAUUGGACCGUGAUGCGUUCCCUAUUCGCAUUGGUGGACAAGUGCUGGGGCUGAAGCUGAAGAAGUAUAUAAAUCCCAGCCUGAUUUUACCUCUGGACAGCGCAUGGCUCCCUGGGCGCAGUGUCGUUCCACAGUUUGAGGGAUCAUUCGAGUACUAUGAAAACUCAAAUCAUGCCGCUGUGUGA